AUGGAUUUAAGAGAGGUAAGAAGACGUAAAAAAGCAGUUAAGGCAUUACAAAAUCAUGUUACAGCUCAAAGAAUGAUAUCAAUUUUAAAAGCUAUGCCAGAACCUGAUUCACCUUUAGUGACUAGUAUUGGUGUGGAAAUUGAUAAAAAUGAUAGCAUCAAAAAUUUAUCUGGAUCUGAUACUACAUCUUCUGCUACCAUUCCUCUAUCAAAAGAUACAGUAUAUGUUAAAAAUAAAGAAAAUGAUGAGAAGGAAUUGAUGUCUGGAAGAACAAUCACUAAAACUAGUUCUAUUAAAGAUGGAUCAAAAAUUGUUGUAUCAUCAUCAACUUCAACAACAGAUGUUACAAUUACAACAACUAUUAAAGCCAAUUCAUUGAAAACUAAUUCAACUAAUAAAGAUAAAAUUAUCAAACCAUCAUUAAAUACUAUUUCGUGUUAUGUUUAUUGGUGGGGAUAUGAAGUUUAUGUACCACAAAAAUGUAUGGGAAGAUUAGAUCAAGCACAAAAUGUUAGUAAUUCAUUUUUAGGAUUAUUACAUAUUGUGGUAGGCAAUUCAUCUCCAAUUUCACCAUAUUUUGGUUUAAUUUCUGCAUGGGUUGGUUUACAAUUUACACUUAUUAAAUCACAAAAUGUUGGUAAUGGUGUUGUACUAGCAGCUACUUGGGUUCUGCCUAUUGCUUUAAUGCCAAGACCAUGCUAUAUUGCAAAAAGAUUUGAGAAAAUGGAUCUUGAUGACGAACCUGUUGAAUUUAAAAUCAAUCAUCAAUAUGCAAAAAAAUACGAAAUAAGGAAAAGAGGCGAAGAAUUAUCCAAAUUAAAAGAAAAAUAUGAUCGCUCUGAUUUGAAUUCCGAAGAUGUGGCAGUUAGCGAUUCAACUUCUGAAGAGGAAGACGAAUACGGCGAAUUGAUUACUCCAGAGGUGGAUGCACAAAUAAUGAAAACUAUAACUGCGAUACGAUCAAAAGAUCCCAAAGUUUAUAAUUCUCAAGCAAAUUUUUUUGCUGAGAAACAAAAAAAGAAAAAGUCUGGAACGAAGCCAAUACAUUUGAAAGAUUAUCAUCGUCAAAUUUUAUUAAAAAAUGGUGGUAAUGAUGACAGUGAUAGUGAUAAUGAUAUAUCUACAAAAGCGUACAAUAAGAAACUUGAAUUGACACCAAUAGAAGAAGAACAAAAAUUGAAAGAGGAACUCAAGGCAAUGGCUUCUACUAUAGAUAACGUUAAUGAAAAUCAAAUAAAAGAAUGGCAAAAUUUUAAAGAAAAUCCUAACGUAGACAAUGACGAAGCAUUUUUAACUGAAUAUAUUCUUAAUCGUGGAUGGGUUGACAAAGAUUUAAUUCGGAUUCCAACAUAUGAAGAAUUGGUUGCAGAACAUCAUGACAGCGAAGAAGAUGAGUUUGAUGAAGCUGUUGAUAACUUUGAAAGCAAAUAUAACUUUCGUUUUGAAGAGGGGCCGUAA